AUGGCCCGUUCCUCCGCCAUGGCCCCCGGCUACGGCGCCCGCGUCGGGGGGUACCCCGAGAGCCGCAGCCCCGUGCCCUUUCCCCGCGAGCCCUGGAAGGUGUGCGUCAACGUGCACAGCUUCAAACCCGAGGAGCUGACGGUCAAAACCAAGGAUGGCUACGUCGAGGUGUCAGGCAAACACGAGGAGCAGCAGGUGGAAGGCGGGAUCGUCUCCAAGAACUUCACCAAGAAAAUCCAGUAGGUACCACAUGUAUUAGGUCCCCUCACAGCCUUCUCUUCUUUAGGCUGA